GAAAAUAAGAAGGAACAGGAGCGGAAUCUACGGUUAGAGCUGGAUGCUGUCUCGCUUAGUUUGUGGACGAGAACUGUGCGAUUUUUUCCCCCCCCCCUCUUCAAAAUGGACUUCGGUUCAGUUUUAUAAUCUCAUCCACUCGGACCACAUGUGGAGGAUAUCUGUGCAGCUCGGCCGCUCGGAGGAAGGUUUGGGAAGGUUACCGCGGCAGCGGCGCAUCUCCGCGUCCGGAACAGAGGCGUGAAGAACCGGAGCGGAAUCGAGCGAUAUCCUGCUCACGGUACUCUUCAUAUCGGAUCAGUCGGUAAACCUGAAAUAAAAAACUUUUAAAUUAAAAUAAAAACCGGUGCUAUCAGAGGGAGUCCCCCUCCCCCAUUCAUUUCAGGAACAGGAAUAUUUUUGUACAGAAUGAACCACCUGUCACUGAGUGAGCUGUGUUGCCUCUUCUGCUGCCCGCCAUGCCCGAGCAGGAUUGCCUCAAAGCUGGCGUUCCUGCCUCCGGAACCGACGUACACGCUGCUGAGUGACGAAAGCGGCAUACGCUGGACGCUGCACCUGUCCGAACGUGCCGAUUGGCAGUACUCCGCGCGCGAGAAGGACGCCAUCGAGUGCUUUAUGACGCGCACGGUGCGUGGCAACCGCAUCGCCUGCAUGUUCGUGCGCUGCUCACCAAGUGCUCGCUACACGCUGCUGUUCUCACACGGUAAUGCCGUCGACCUCGGGCAGAUGAGCAGCUUCUACGUGGGGCUCGGCUCGCGCAUCAACUGCAACAUCUUCUCCUACGACUACUCGGGCUACGGCGCCAGCUCGGGGAAACCGUCCGAAAAGAACCUCUACGCUGACGUUGACGCAGCAUGGCACGCCCUCCGAUCCAGGUAUGGCAUCAGGCCAGAAAACGUGAUCGUGUACGGACAGAGUAUCGGGACGGUGCCGUCUGUGGAUCUGGCCGCCCGUUACGAGAGCGCCGCAGUCAUCCUGCACUCUCCACUCACCUCAGGCAUGCGUGUGGCCUUCCCCGACACCAAGAAGACGUACUGCUUCGACGCCUUCCCUAACAUCGACAAGAUCUCGAAGGUGACCUCACCAGUGCUGGUGAUCCACGGCACGGAGGACGAGGUGAUCGACUUCUCGCAUGGCCUGGCUCUGUACGAGCGCUGUCAGAGGCCCGUGGAGCCGCUGUGGGUGGAGGGCGCCGGGCACAACGAUGUCGAGCUGUACGGCCAGUACCUCGAGAGACUGAAACAGUUCGUCAGCCACGAGCUCGUCAACCUGUAGGACUGUGACCAGACAGGAAAGAGAAGCGCAUGCACAGCUGCUGAAUGCAUCUCACAUACUGAUGACUGGGAACUCCACGACAGGUUUAGCUCCACCCACUUAUCCAAACCAUUUAAAAAAAAAAAACAGACCAAGCCGAGGAGUGACGCAGAGACCGCCUUUUCAAGUGUGUGUAAGAGAGGGGAUGGGUGACGGAGACGGAACAUGAUCACUACCUCUGCGUUCUGGUUGGGAGGAGAUAUGCAUUUUUAAGCAGCAGCGGUAGCAUGACGUGUUCGGAUUUUUUUUUAAAUAUCCCAUAAUUCCUUUCAGCACAUGUUCAGGUGGCCAAAACUGACACUGCAGCUCCAGUGUUUUGGUUUGGGGUUGGGGUUUUUUUCAUAUAAAUAUAUAAACACACGAUCAUCCUGGUGUCCUAAGCUGUGAUGAAACUCUGUCCUCGUGCUGGAGUACACACUGGCCUGCACAAUUUAGUGUUCCUCGCACACUUCAGCUAAUUAACUGUGCUUCCUGAGUUGUGUGUUUUGAGCAGGGAAACACUAAAAUGUCUCAGACCAGAGUUGGAAACCACUUUUUUUUUUUUUUUUUUUUUAAAUGAAAUGCUGUGAUCUUGGAUCAUGCCUCGUAUCGGUGUUCACACCAAAACCCUCAACCUUAACACUGCUCUCUUCUCUUCCAUUUCUGUGUAAAACUCACUGUGUACUGCAGCUUAGUGUAUGCAGCCGCUUUGUACGAACUCUCAGGUUGACUUUUGGAAACCGUGAACGCUGCAUGAUUUUGGGUGACCACUUAGAAAUUCCGGGUGCGUUUUAUUUUUUUGCAAAAUAUUGUUUUGAAACUGUGAACGCUGCACACUUGGUUUGAUUUUUGAAUCCUUCAAUGCUGUACGCCCGCCCGUCAGUGCACAACAGAAAUGCUCCUUAUGAUCGUGAACGGUACGCUAAGGGAGCGUUGGAAGAACAAACGGAAGACUCGGGACACCUGCUUUCAGCUGAUAACCAUCGUGUUUAUCAGAUCCGUCCUCGUGCUGACGUGACCCAAGUGUGUGGUUUUUGUUUAUUCAGUGUAAGUGCAGUUAAAUAGUAUUUCAUAGGGCUUUAUUUCAUAAAGAUAAAAUGCACUGACUGAUUUAAAACUCCUCAACCACUUGUGAGGGAUUAGCAGACAGGAAGUCUUUCAGCUGUGUUCAGGUCGAUGGUACGAGAGUCCGCAGGAACUGUGUGCUGAUUGGAUCAUGCCAUGGGGUUUCUGUAGGUGUCGCUGCACCAUUCUAGGUGAUUAUAUUUAAAGAUAAAAUGCUGAAUAAAUACUGACUGUUCGUAAA